CGGAGUUAACACAAUCCCUAAAUACGGGAAUAUGAGAACUGUAUCUUGGAAACCUCAGUUUUGGCCCGGUAUGCUUCGCUCUUCGGCGUUACGAUUUAUAAUCCAUACGGAUUAGUAGAUUUUAUAGCUAGCUUCAUAUUAGAAAACUGAUACUUAAACCGCUUGAUUUACGGACAGGUACCCAAUUGCAAAAUACAAUCAACAAUAUCCUCGAUCACAUCACUGCCAAAGACACUCAUAGACUCGCUCAAAUGGCAGACAAGCAAAGCCGCAAAAUCGCCAUCGUCGGAGGAAGUGGUAGCGUUGGCUCCCCAACAGUUGAGGCUCUUCUUUCCCAUGGCAUCCACACGGUUACCGCAAUCUCGCGCAGUGAAUCAACAGCAAUAUUUCCUUCCGGUGUCACUAUUAAGAAAGGAUCUUACAACGAUGAAGAAUUCCUUGUCGAGGCUCUCAAAGGGCAAGACGUGCUGAUCCUCCAACUCGGGUACAUGGCACUCGACUCUCAAAUCCCUCUCAUCAGCGCCGCUGCGAAAGCAGGGGUCCCGUGGGUGAUUCCUUGCGAGUAUGCAUGCGACAAUAAACAUGAGAAGUUAAACGAGGAAAUUGGUUUGAUGGUCAUGAAAAACAAGUACAGAGCCCAAAUUGAUAGUUUGGGCGUCAGCAGCUGGAUCGGUAUUGUCAACGGUCCAUGGUUCGAUUGGAACUUCGAGAAAUCUUUCAUGGGCAUCGAUAUCAAAACACGAAAAGCCAAACUCCUUGAUGGCGGGGUUAAAUUUAACACCUCUACGCUGAGUAAAGUGGGUAAAUCUCUUGCGGCGCUACUCAGCUUGCCAGACUCCAAACUCUCCGCUUUCAAAAACGACUUCGUGUACUUCAGCUCUUUUCUCGUGAGCCAACGCGACGUCUUUGAUAGCAUCUUCAGUGCGACCAGCACCAAAGAGUCGGACUGGGCCAUUGAGAGGGAAUCCCCGGACAGGGCUGCCGAGGCAGCGAAAGAAGCUAUUCGGCAAGGGAAUGGGAUGGGGAACGUUGAUUUGCUGUUUACAACCCUGUCCAGGGUAGGAUACGGAGGAGAUUAUGAAGCAAAGGUGAUAGGAAAUGAUUUCCUGGGGCUGGAGCAGGAAGAUUUUGACAAGGUGGUGAAAGGUCUUGUGGAGAAGAUGGAACAAAGCAAAUGAUCGAAUAUAG